AGACUCGACAGAAAUUGUCAUCGCAACUUAUUCGCUCUCAAGUCCAACACUAUCGUCGUCUCGUUGUCACCCCGCAUCCCCGAUCUGCAUUUUCUCCUAGUUCUUUCCGCCUGACCCUGUCGCAUUUCCCACACUGCCAUUAUGGCGGUAGGCGACGCCCCUUCCUCGCCACCGAGCGGCGGUUGGGCCAAUAUGGAGGAGGAACUGUCCUACUACAAGUCGCAAUACGAGACACUCGAGGUGGAGCUACAGGAGUUCCAGACCUCCAGUAAGGAGCUGGAGGCAGAACUAGAGAAGGACGUGGAGGAAAGCGAAAAGCGGGAACGGCGACUGCAAGAGAAGGCCGAGAAGUUGGGAUUCGAGGUCGAUGAGUGGAAGACAAAAUAUAAACAAAGUAAGACUGAGGCCAACAAUGCGCAGAACACUCUCCAAAAGGAGAUUACUGCUCUGCGUGACGGCCAACGGAACUUGCAACUGAAACUGCGGGAUACGGAGGUCCAGAAUGACGAUUUCGAGCGACAAGCGCGCAACCAGUCUUCGUCGCUUGAAGACCUCGAAUCGAAGUACAACGUAGCUAUUGAGCGAUCGGUCAUGCUGGAGGAAGAAAUCAAGAUUGGAGAGCAGGAGCGAGAAAACUUGCGAAUCCAGUGCCAACGACUUCGGGACGAGCUCUCAGACCUGAAGAUUGAAGCCGAAAUCCAACAAGAGAAGUUGCGCAUUGCUCAAGAAACCAUUGAAGUUCACCAUCAACGCAAAACCUCACAAUUGCUCGCCAGCGAUUCACUUCGCCCUCGUUCACCUAUUUCAGACACGGCGACCUCCGCAACCGACAUCUCCUCUCCAACAGCCGCCUCUACACCGCCGAGCUCAAAGACGGGCAACUUGCGCACUGAUGCUACUCCGCCAUCCCCGCCUUUGUCGGACGCAUCCAUCACCGCCCGUGCCGUGCCAUCGACGCCUAUGCCUGUCCGAAAGGGAUCUAUUGCACUCGAUCCGACCAGCACGCCGCGCCCCGGUAUAUACCAGACUCGUCCUCCGCGACACUCCCGAGGACCCAGCGUCGCCGUGUCGACAAGGAGCGCCGCCAGCGGACGCACCACGCCUUCGAUACGCACCACCGCGCCUGUACGAUCAAGGCCAAGCAUAAGUGGGUCGGCAGGCAAUGCCCCGAGCGGCUUACCACGAUCAGGAUCGCUGUACCAAAUCCGAGGGCUUAUUGGAAAGAUGCAGAAACUAGAAGAGCGCGUCUACUCCGCAAGGUCGAAACUUCCAGCACCAACGCAUACCCCACCACGAGCGAGCCCGCGCAAUGGAAGCGCACUGGGUCACUACAUACCGAGUACCGUAACUGUAAGGAGCAACCGGAAGAGAUCAUCGCAGAUCUCAUCGGCCUCUGGUGUGGAAUCUGGCGUUGGUCGAUUAUCAUUUGGAGUUUCAGGACCGGCAAAAGAGCCAAGCAGCAGCCGUCCCAGCAGCCGCGCCUCUGCAGCCGGGCAAAGACCUGGUAGCAGAAGCAGUAUUCGGACACCUCUAGGACAUUAUUCGACCGCUUCAGUCAGUGUCGUGGAAGGGAGAAUACCCCGGCCUCGAAGCUCAAUGAGUGGCCAAUCAUCACAUGGCCAUUCCCAUUCGGUGUCGGUGGCAAGCUCGGUCCGCGAUGGCGAUGGAGAUAGUGAUGGAAACUCUGCGACACCAAUUGCUCGCCGACUUACCAUCGACCGGAGUAGUAUUCCUACACCGAGUGGGCUACCGAGGCGGCAGAGCCAAGGACGAAGAACUAGCUCAGGUGUCGAGGGAGACAUGGGUCCGCCACUCACACGGCCCAGGAAGAUGAGCGAGAUUGGGGAGUCUUAUUAGAACCCCAAAACAGCGCAGCAGAUUACGGAAGGCAGCAGCGGGAGCCUGCAUGUCGAUACGCACGUUUCAUUUCUUCGGUAUAUGAUUCGCAUUCAUGAACAGAUACCCUUCUUCGCCGUUACUUAGGGUACACCCUUAAUUAUCUUCAACACUGGCCAGCAUAUGGACCUGGGCGUUUU